AUGAUUUGACAUUUGCAAUUCAGCGCGGAGGUGUGAUGUGGCGAGUGGCGAAAAAGUUGUGAACAUGCGGAAAAUAUGUAAAAUAUUUGUGAUUUUUCUAGUUUUAGUGUUAAUUAAUCGUUUGUGUGAUGCUAAAAUAUCCGAUAAACGACUCUGUGCCGAUCCAGAGUGCAAGGAACCCAUCUCCCUGGGCAUCACUCAGGUGAACUACAAUGCUGCGGAUAAGUACGUGUUGGGUUUUCGAGCUAAUGUCCAUGUCAAGAUAUUCUCAAAGUCUGCCGGAAGGGAGCAGAACUAUUGGGGCGCAGAGAUUCAGGGUAGACGUGGCUAUGUGCCCAAGAAUCUUAUUAGAGAAAUGAGAGUGUUAACCAAUAAGCUUGAUUAUGAAGUUCCCACGGAACUGGGACUCGAAGAAACUGGCCAAGAGAGUAUUAAUGUUGUGGAUGAUAAUUUGGAGGAAGUCAAUGAAACGGGAACUGUGGAUGCUCAAGCUCCUGAAAUUGCACCAAAAAUAGAAGAGCAUCCUAGGCAAGGUGAUGCAGAGGAAGACAAGGGACUUUUCUCACAGAUUUUUGGAGGAAAUUCCAUAGAGGAUAAUCCAGAAGAAAAAACUGAAGAUAAAUCUGUUGAGAAUCUUCAAAAUAAUGAAAUUCAAAGAGAACCAGCUCCAGUUACAGAAAAUACAGAGGAUGAGGAAGAUUAUGAUGAAGAAGAAGAGGAUUAUGAUGAAGAUGAAGAUGAUGAAGCCGAUGAAUCCACUGAGGAAAGUGUUACAGAGAGCACGGAGAAACCCAUAAAUAUUGAAGAAUUGAAAAAACCUGAGGAAGAAGAAAUUUUCCAAGAGACGAAAAUUCUCAAUAAUUUUGAAGAACUCCCUCAAGAGAAGAUUAAUGAGGCAAUGUCAGAGCAAAGUGUCCCCAAAGAAAUGCCCAAUAUCGUUGAAGAAGUUAAGCAAGGAGUUCCAGUUGAAGAUUUAUCAACAGAGAAACAUAGUGAGGAAGUAACAGUCAAUUCCCAAGAGUCUGAAAUCCCAGUCACUAUAACAACUCCUCAAGAACAAGAUUAUCAUCAUUAUGAGGAAGAUGUUGUCACAGAACCUUCAGUUUUUGAGAAUAAAUCUGAAGAAGUGAUUGCUACCACAGAGAAAGUUCCAGAAUUUAAGCCAAUUCCUCCUUUAGAUGCCCAAAGUCAACCUCCAAGUGUUCUUGAACCACAAGAAGUGGAGCAAUUACCCAAGGAAAUUCCCCCAGAAGUAGCUCAAGAGCUUCCUCCAAAAAUUGAAGAGAUAGACGCUAAGGAACCUGUAAAUCCUCAAUCUAGUGAUCAGAAUGAAAUUCCUGGUCAGGAAAACCCUCUGAAUGAUGCUGUUCCAGAUUUUGUGGCAGUUAAUCAAGAGCCAUUAGUAAAUAUUGCUCCGGAAGUACCUCAAGCAGCUGUUCCAGUAUUGCCUCCUCUGCCAAAUUUUGGCUCUUCUGAACAGAUUCCCCAAACUCCAGUUCCUGAAGUUACCACAUUUCCCCCAAUCCAUGAACAUAUCCCACCUUUUUUGCCUGUUUCUGAAGUUCCUCUCAAUAAACCCGAAGAAAUCCCAAGUCAAGAAGAAAAAGUUGAUGUGCCUCAAACGUCCGCUGAGACAGAAGCUCCAGUUGAGACAGUUACAGAAUCCGUGGGAAUGGGAAGUUUUGAGGAGAUCACCAAACAGCCAGAAAUAGCACAAGAGCAACAAUCAGAAGAGGUUUUCCAUCAGGACAAUCUGAAGGAUGCCGAAGGAUUCUUCUCAGGACUCUUUAAUAGCAUCAAAGAAACCCUGAACAUGAAAAUGGGAAAAGAUUCAACGAAGAUUCCGCCAAAAAUCGAUGGCAAGGAUCGUCAUACAAUGGACAAAAAUACAGAAUGUGUUGAUGAAUACUGCUACCAUCCUCAAAGUCAAGAAUUGAGACAUCCUAUGGUUAGUUCACAUUUCCAAUCACCUCAAGAGCAUCAACAGCCACAAGCUGAAAGUGUUCAUGAAGAUUAUGAGACAACAAAGAGUACUAACAUGACUCUGGAUGAAUUUGUGAAUUUACUAAUGGGAAGAGUUUUGGGCAUGAGUAGCUUGAUACUGUAUUUAUCUGUGAGUGCUGGAGCUAUUCUCAUUUUUACAUUUGGCCACUAUGUUUUGGUUCAGUGCAGUCGAGAGCGACAGUUGGUGUAUAGGCUGAAUUCUGUCGAAAGGAAGCUAAUGGUGGCUUAUAAAGAAUGUGGAAGUGUCAAAGGAGAAUUGAUGGAGACAAAAGAAAAACUCACGAGUAUUCAGGAUAAUUCUUUUGGGUCCAAUGAUAUGGUAAUAGCUCUUCGGGGAGAGCUCGAAAAUAGUCAGGCUAUGAGGGAGAAUUUGCAAGAACAAGUGGCAUCGCUCGAGAAGGAACUCGAGAAUGCUGCUGAAGCUGGUUUGGAGCUCAAUCGGAUGGUAUCUGAACUGUUGAGUAAUCAAUCUGGGAGUGAUUCAAUUAUAAGUAGUGUUGAAGAGUUGCAGAAGCAACUCAAUGAGCAACAAAAUACAAUUUUGACAAUUAAUGCUUCAUUAGCAGAAAAGAGUAGAGAGAAUAGUGAAUUGCAGGUGUCUUUGGCAAGUCAAUCAGACAAGUUCAUUGAGGAAUUGAGUGAAGUUCGUGAACAGUGUAAGAAAGCAGAAGAAGAAAAAGAACAUUUGGAGGUGAAACUUAAGGAUUUGCAGGAGCAAAUUGAUGCAUUUAUGAAGGAGAGAACCUCUGAAAGUCAGGAUUUGAAAGAACAAAUUCAGACACAUCAAAAUCGCUAUGAAGAUGUUAGUAAGGCUCUCACACAGAGUCAGUCACGUGUUCAAGUGCUCGAGGAUUGUAUAAAGACCCUGAAGCAAGAAAGUGGUCAGAAAGGUGGUGGUGGUGGUGGAAACUUUGAGGAAAUCAUGAAUGUGGCUAAUCUCAAAACACAACUGGUGGCUGCGACCAAAGAGAAGCAGAUGCUAAAGGAGAAACUCGAGGAGGAGAAUGAUGCUCGAAAACUAUUAGAGGAUCAUGUGAAGAUUGUCAGAGAAGAAGUGGAGAAGCUCAGGAAGGAAUACAAUGAUGCCGAAAAGGAGAGACUUGAAGCUCAAACACGCCUAGAGGUCCUCACGAGUUACUUCAAAGACAAAGAGACACAGCUGCAAAAGGAAUUGAGUGUUAAAGAAGCGAUGUGGAUGAAAUCGCAAGGUGAAACAACGAGUACUGUUGAGAAAAUUCGUUCAAUGCAGGAUGAGAUCCAGACUCUAAAGUCUCAGAAUGAUGCUCUAAGGGCUGAAAUUGAGGCUCAGCGAGCAGCUCAUAAAGCUCAAAUUGGUGCUUUGGAGACUCGUGCUCAGGAAUCUUGGCUGGCGGCAAGGCAGGCUGAGCGACGUUUGGAGGAAUCUAGGGUUGAAUCUUCGACAUUACGUCGAAAGUUAACGUCAUUCGCGGAGAAUGGUGUGAAUAGUAGUAAUAAUACUAAUAACAUCGACAGUUUGACUGAUGCUCCAUCACCGCUGCAUGGAGUGGAAAAUCCAGGGUCGCCGUUGUUAGGUGUUAUGCCACCGCCACCUUUCCUGCCGCCACCAUUUAUGCCACCUCCGCCACCCUUCAUGCCUCCAGGUCCAUUCAUUCCGGCAGAAAUGCGUCUGCCUCCCCUCGGACGUCUCAUGUCCCCGCCACCACCUAAUAAUCGCUACUCUCCCGGACUCGUGGAUGAACGCGAUGGGAGAUUUAGUCCUUCAGAUAGGGGUAGAUACACACCUGAUCGUUAUCACGAUCGCUAUCCACCCCAUCGUCUAGGAUCACCGUAUGAAACGGAGACGGAUGUAAGUCCUCCACCAACACCCCCACCGCAUCCAAGGGGAGGAUAUAGGGGAUACAGCGCCUAUUCUCCUCCACCGCCGCAUCUACAGUCGCAGCAUGAGGAGCGAGCGAAGCAAUUCAAAGGAGGACUGAGUUCGGGAUCAGCAGAUAGUUUGGGUCCUCGAAAAAGUAGUGGAAAUGCGAAAGUCUAAGGAUAUGUGCUAAAUGGGGUACACGAUAAGGGAUUUUAAAUAACUUUUACAAAAAGAAGUUAAAAUAAUUUUACGAAGUAAUAGGUGUAACUACAGCUAAAAAAAAAAUUGGUGUUUCAACGUAUUCAGUGCAUUCAGAGGAUUCUUCUAAAUCAACUAUUUUGCUCCAGAUUGAGGAUUGGUGCAAUUGACAAGGGACAUCCUUCAAAAAUUAAUGAAAAAAAAACUAUCUUAAAAUCAUACAAUAUGUGACUUGUAUUUAAAAUGUAAAUAAAUUUUUAAUAAAUUUAAUUUAAAACACA